AAAAGUUGACUUCAUUGCUAAAUAGUACAUGUUGUCUUUCAUACUCAACAGAGCUUGAGCAUUCAAUUGUUCUAACAAAUCCUCAAGCACAGGUGGGAUUGAGCUCGAUCCAAGAGAGAAGAAAUGGCUAAUUCCAUUUCUGAACGUGUGAAGUAUAUGUGGGAACACUGGAAUAUCAGAGUUGUUGUUCAAUUCAGCCUUGCAAUGCAGAUCCUUCUCAUAGGGCUAGCUCCCUCCAGGAAGUGGACUUCAAAUAAGUUUGUGAAUUUGUUAGUAUGGUCAAGUUACUUGCUUGCAGAUGCAACAGCAAACUUUGCAGUGGGACUCAUCUUCAAUGGCAAGAGCAGUCCUCCUGAUGAUGUAUCCCCUGCUGAGAACAGUCAACUUUUGGCUUUCUGGGCUCCUUUUCUAUUGCUGCAUCUUGGUGGUCCUGACACCAUCACUGCAUUUGCUCUUGAGGACAACCAGUUGUGGCUUAGGCAUCUGCUUGCGUUCAUUGUUCAGGUUGCUACUACUGGUUAUGUUUUCUUUCGAAAUCUUCGCAAGAACAAGGUGAUUAUCCCAACUGCUCUCUUGUUUCUUGCUGGGACUAUUAAAUAUUUAGAGCGGACUUAUUCUUUGUAUCUUGCUAGCAAGGAUAAAUUCAGAGCUUCUAUGCUCAGAAAACCAGAUCCUGGAAUCAAUUUUCCCAAGUUUGCAGAGGCAGCCGCUUCAAAGAAACCAGAGGAACUCCCAGAGGUGAAAACAGAGAACCCAGAGGAACUCCCAGAUGUGAAAACAGAGAACCAAAGAGAAGCUACUGAUUUUUGCCUCCACAUUAGAAAAUUAGAGGAUCUUGAUGUGGUUCAGGAGGCUCAUAAGUACUUCAAAAUCUUCAAAGGACUCAUUGUUGAUAUCAUUUACAGCUUCAAGGAGCGCGAUAAGAGUCGAUAUUUCUUCAAUAGCAUAUCUGCAGAAGAUGCUUUCAAAGUAAUAGCAGCUGAGCUCAAUUUUCUCUAUGAUGUUCUGUACACAAAGGUGGUCGUUGUGCAUUCCAUGUUGGGUAUGAUUUUACGCUUCAUUUCUUGUAGUUCAGUCUUGGCAGCCCUUGCAACCUUUCAUUUUUAUGUGAAGAAGCAUGGCUUUGAUCCGUUUGAUGUCAAGGUUACUUAUGCCCUGCUGCUUGGCGCCAUAGGACUCGAUGGAGUAUCCAUCCUCAUGGCCAUUUUCUCUAACUGGACAAUAGUGGCUGUUCUGGAGAGCUUGCCGAGUCCUGAAGAUAGAUCUCACUCGGUGUUGCGUCUCUUCAGCAAAUUCCUCAUUCACUGGGUGUUGCGUCUCUUCAGCAAAUUCCUCAUUCUAAAGAGACCAAAGAUGUAUGUUUGUGAACCAGACAAACAUACAACUCUGCGUACAUGCAUUCCUUUUCGCAGCUGGUCUGAAUCUGUCCCAGGCUACAACUUGAUAAGAUAUUGUCUCAAACAACGUCCAAGGAAAAUCCACAAUGUGACGCACAGCAUCCAGAGAGUCAUCUGCUAUCUGGGUAUUGGUAAAAUUGCUAGUCAAUGCAUAAACAUUAGUUCUAGAAAGGUCAUUCAGUUUUUGUGCAUUGAUAAAGUCAUUCAAUUUUUGUGCAUUGAUAAAGUUAUCCAAUGCCUGAAUAGUUUGAAGAGAGGACUCAUUGAUCUUGUGGGUCUCAAAGAUUUUCUGGAUGAGUUAAAGUAUGCGUCCAGCAAACCGCUGACUCCGGAGCUUUGGGCAUUUAUAUUCGGUGAGCUGCAAAUGAAAUCUCGUUUGAUUGAAGAUCCGGAAACUGCAAGGAAAAUAUGUUCAGCCAGAGGUGAAUGGGUUCUCCAAAGUCAUGGUUUAGACAAAAACGGAAGUGACUUAAUGGAUUAUGUUGUUGAUGUCAGAUACGAUGAGAGUGUCUUGAUGUGGCACAUUGCUACUGAGCUCUUGUGUAAUGAUAAAAAGGGAAUUGACAAUUGCAGCAACGAAAGAGAAUUCAGUAAGAUUCUGUCAGAUUACAUGCUGUAUCUUCUAAUUAUGCAGCCAACUAUGAUGGCAGCAGUGGCUGGAAUCAGUAAGCUAAGGUUUGAAGAUACAUGUGCUGAUGCUAAAAGAUUUUUCAAAAAAAGAGGCAUAAGAUCAAAUAAUCUGAAGAAAGCAUGUAGAUUGAUUCUUGAAGUGAACACAGAGUUUAAGCCUGCAGAAGUGAAAAGAGAUGGAAGCUUAUCUGUAUUGUUCACAGCAAGUAUGCUGGCGAAAGAGCUGAGAAAAUUGAGAAAGCAGAAAUGGAAGAUACUGAGCCAAGUGUGGGUGGAGAUGCUGUCGUAUGCUGCAAGUCAUUGCAAUGCAACUUCUCAUGCCGUGCAAUUAAGCAAAGGUGGAGAGCUUGUUACUUUUGUUUGGCUACUGAUGUCUCAGUUUGGAGUGGGAAACCAAUUCCAGAGUAAUUACAGCUUAUUAUUGCAAGGGUAAAAUUGAUUGUCAGAAAGUUGUAUUGGAUUAAGGCACUAGAGUUUUAUUUUUCUUCUUGCUCA